GUGAGAUGCGGCCUUUGCUCGACAUUGAGCUAUCAGCAGUGGUUGCUGAGGGUCUUCUUGACUCACUUCUCCCCCAUCUUCUACCUCCACAACCUACUUCUUCACGACAUAAGGCCGGAUCAGAGACGGAACAUUUUCAUUAUUCUGAAAGAUUUGCAGAGCACCAAGGAUACCCGGACAGAGAGGACACUGUUACUAGCUAUUCUUCAGGAUUUGAUCCGGAUUCUGGAUACCGUGGAGCCGGAUCCCUGCAUCAGGAGUCUUCUUACCCCGGAUUAGGAUCCAAAUACCCUCGCUCCGGAUCCUUAUAUCCGGGUUCCAGGUUCCAAUCCCAGGACGAGGGGGAGGGGGAAGAGGAGAGAUCUUUACACACUUUUAUCCAGGAAAAUAAUUCUUAUAACCAAUUACAAUAUGUUUGCUUGGACGGAUAUUUUAAAGUCAGAAUCUUUUGUAAAUCUCAGGAUCAAGGUAAGCCGAAAAUGAGUAAAAAAAUUGGAAAGAAAUCUGAGAAAUCUGGAGAUAUAGAAGAGAGAAGUGGAAAGAAAAGAGAGCUAACUAGGAAAGAAAAAGAAACGAGAGAGGUUACUAUCCAUGUUUGUGACGAGGCCAGAGGACUCCAAAAGGAUUUUCUUUGUCCUCAAAACCUACUUCUUGAGAGAAUGAUCUAUUUCAGGGAGGUGACAAGCGGACAAGAGUUAGAAGAAGUGGACAUCUCUGUUCAUUGUGAUAUAAAGAUCUUUGAUUGGCUCUUGUGUUGGAUCAAAUACGAUAAGUUAAAGAUGGAAGAUCUGGUGAACAUUUGCCUGAAUUAUGUGUUCUCAAACAUGAACCAGAUAAUUGCUAUCACACCCUCGUUCACUUGUGUAGGAGAUACAUUGAUAAAUGUAAACUAUGUGUUCUCAAACAUGAACCAGAUAAUUGCUAUCACACCCUCGUUCACUUGUGUAGGAGAUACAUUGAUAAAUAGAUUGGCUAGACUGUAUAAACCCUCAGAACUAGAAACUAUAUCGGAUAAAAGAGAUGGAAUUCAUAAUAGACUUUAUGCAAAGAUGGUUGGAUUACUAUUUCUAAAGAAGCCUAAUCCUGGGAAUCAGAUAUGGUGUACUCUUUCAACCCUUUUUAGAUGCCAAAAUUGUGGGAAGUUUUUGACUUCAAGUACUGCUGAGUUAUUAUCCUGCUUACCCAAGUAUUCUAGUAUAGAUUACUCUGGGAAAAUAGUUCCUAUGCACAUUAGGGAUGAGUCUUUCAGUGUCAAUGAUUUCAUCAAGAGUUUAAGACUAGAGCUAAAAUCAUGGAGAAAGGUCUUCUGGAGACUUUGGGGAAUGGCCCAUGCUAUGCACUGCUUUCUUUGUGGUCGAUAUUUCCAGUCCUAUUUGCUCGAAUUCUGUUCCUAUCAUUCUGCUGAGCCAGAAUUUCCAGCAAUGCCUUUUCGAAGUGCCUGCUUUCCUUUAGGCCAAUAUCCAUGCUGUGAAGGAGCUGCAGCAAGGUUUCUUCCAAUUGAACAGGAAAGGAUGGGCUGUCGAUUUCGGGACCACAAAGUAAAGGUUAAAUCUCCUGAAGAAACUGAUAUCUACCUCACGCUCAUAACACACAGAGACCUGAUAUGCAUUAUCCCAUCACGCAAAUCAACUUUAAUCAAAAUUGUGGCCGAUGCAUCUUCGAUAUCUCUUCCACGACCGGAAGCUGAAAAGGUGUCAAGUGAAAAUGAGGGUGAUGAUAGUUCCAAGAUGGAAGCAGUUUCCUAUUCUUUGAAUCCUAUGCAAUCAACAUCUGGCCUUGUUAGAUUUCCAUGGAAUUCCAGAAGGCAAAACAUUCCACGGCCACAAGUUAAGAAAGUUGUGGGAGAUCCUAUGUCUGGUGCUGAAAAGAAGCCUCUAUCAAGUCUUGGGCAGAGAUAUGGUCGCGUUAAGAGAUCAAUAAGACUAAAAAAGUCAAAGACAUCAGAUUCAUCAUCAUCUUCAAGCAAUGAGGAUGAGAGCUCUGGAGGUGAAGAUGAGCAUGAGCAUGAUGUACUUGGGGAAGAUGAAGAGGAGCACAAGGAGCUUUGCAUCCAAGUCAAAGUUGGAAAAGAAGAACGACCUCAGCCAUUUUUAGAUAAAUCUGUUGAUGCCCAAUGGUAUGAGUGGAAUAGUGUUCGAGGCACUAGAAUGAACCAAGACUAUCAACGGGAAGUUGAAGACACUGCACUAUCAGAAAUAAGUACCCAUAUUGCUACAUUACGGAACAAAAUUAACAAGACGCUUCCCAGGCGAGAGAGUAAACUAAAACUAGUCCCAACAGCAACUGUAGAUAAGGGCAAGUUUGAUGGUUUAAAUGGAAAGCAAUUGUCCCGAAUGGAUAGCGGAAUGUUAGCGCCUCCAGGAGGUAUUUUUACUCGGUUAGAACAGGACUGGAGGGAAUCACAUAUGGCAUACUUGCAACAUAGAAGUAUAACUAGUAAAAUCAGCAGACCUCCAUCAUCAGGAAGUGUGACUUCUAAACAACGACUUAGGACUCCAAUUCUUAAAUAGAGAAGUUGUAAUUAUGUAUCCCUUCACGUUUCUAUAACUAUUGAAUAUUCAAUUAUUGAUAUUAUAAAUUUGAUUGUUU